AUGCGAAGCGAGCAGCCGUCGCCGCCGCAGCAGCAGCAGCAGCAGCUGAAUUCAGAAAUUAGGUUUUUUAUUCGAGAAAUGUCCGGCCAGGUGAUCUCGCGAAUACUUUAUCUGUUCGGCACGGACCGGCGAGGUCGUGUACACAUUCAUUCGAAACGAACAAAAACAAACACCUACCAGACGCUGUAAAAUUGGAAAAUAGGGGGUUUCGGGUGGUUGCCGCUGACGACCGGCGCCAGAGUUGGUCGCUCCUUCUCUCUCGCGUUCGUCCACGUGGGGCACACAGGGACAAACAAAGCGGCAGCGGGGCGAGAACGGAUUUCGUAAAGUUUGUGUGUGUGGGAAAUGACCUUUUUUUUGUGCUUUGAACAUGCCAAACUGGGUUACAUUGUUGAGGCCAAUGUUAAGAACUCGAGCCGAUAGGGCCAGGCCCCAAGCCCAAGAAGCCUGCGAAGUUUGGGCCUGAAUUUGGGCCUAUUUCCGUCGAAUCCCAGUUGACGUGUGAUUAUUUGUGUUUUCAUUUCAAUUUCAAUUUCUCACGUGCCCCCCCACCAACCCGCAAAUACUCGUGUUAACCUGAAGGUCGCCGGCCAAAUAAUGGUCAACUUUAGACGUCUCUCUCUCUCGUGUAUAAUGGCGACUUUGACGGUCUUAAAAAGUGAGUCAAACUUUGGCGAACUCUCGAAUUCUCAAACAUUUCACAAUUUUCGUAAAGUUUGAAGAAAAGAAGGGGAUUACGGGGUAAACGUGUGUGGCAAGGGUUGAUUAAACAUUGGGAGAGAGAGAGAGAAAGAAGGCGAUGACUAAUGUGACUUCUGAAACAUUUUGCAGCUGUCGUUGAGGGCUUGCUGAGCAGAAUUGAAUGUGGAAAAUGUAUGAAACGGAGAAGGAAGUGGAAGGUCGGAUUACAGAAGGCCACACGGAGAAGGGUCAAAGCAUGAAGAAUGUCUAUUCUGAACUGGACGUUUCGUGGUGAUUGGUGGAGUUUUCAACUUACGUUGACUACUUUCUGAUAUCUCCACCGGCAACUGAGAUAUGAUGCCUCGAAUGAGCGGUUUUCGGACGAAUUCAGUGUCGGAAGUCAAAAAGCAUUGCAAACAGCAAAAGUGGUCUGAAAUUCGAGCAUUUUCAGCAUAAAACCCAAUUCUGAUUGAAAUCCGCCCGUUUUGAGCACAAAUCGUCACAGAUUGUUGAUGAAUUUCGCGCUGAAAUGUUGCCAGACGAGAUCAACUGUUUAUGUUUUAUCUGCGAAACCCGUAUUUCAGAUGACCCAAAGUCCAUAAUCUCUCCUCCUCCUCCUCCUCCUUCUCCUUCUUAAGAACCCGUCCGUUGGCAACUAGUCGGUCGAGGCGUGUCCUCCGUCGACUGACCAUUUGCCUCCGAAAUCAUUUCGUUUCGUUCCUCUUCGUCUCCUUUCGAUCUCUCUAUUCGUCGAAUUGUUCACUAUUCGCCACGCCGCAUCUACCUUCUUCCCUCGUAUUUAUUUUCUUUCUCAGAAUCAAUCGCCACUCGACGAUGAACUUCUUGACCGUCUUACUGUUCGUUUUCGCGUUUGGUACCUGUACCACGUCUGCACAGUUCUAUGGAGGUUACGGUAAGCGUGAGGAGAUUUUUUGAAUUUUUUAAAAUGUAUUAUUAUUAUUCUAGGAAUGCCCUAUGGCGGCGGGUACGGAUACCCUCCGAUGUACGGUGGAUAUCCGGGCGGUUACGGAUAUCCGGGCGGCUACGGUGGUUACGGAGGCGGCUACGGAUAUCCUUAUGGCGGCGGUUAUGGGUAUCGCUACAAUCCAGUGGGUGGAAUGCUGCGCGGAGCACUUAUGGGAGCCGCAAUGGGUGCUAUGAUUGGAAAGAAGUAA